AUGUCUGAGGAAACAGGCAAGUGUCCUGAAAAGGGGAAACGUGAUGGCAGCAAUUCCUCAUCUAUAUCACAAUCUGAACAGAUUGCAAAGGCGGCCGAAAUUCUGGGUGUGGAAAAAGGUGAAACAAUAUCGGCCGAUGACGAGUUAUUGGCAUCCCUGGGAUAUCGAGCUGAGCUAAAACGCGAAUUUUCAUACACCACUGUCUUCGGACAAAGUUUUGGUUCUAUGGGGAUUGCUCCAGCGAUUGCCGAGAGUAUGGUUUUCAGUUUAGGCAAUGCUGGGAGUGUGGGGAUGGUAUGGACGUAUCUAGUGGGAUGUCUCUUGCUUAUUCCGGUGGCAUUGAGCCUGGGGGAAUUAGGGAGCAGCAUGCCUACUUCUGGAGGAUUGUAUUAUUGGGUUGCACGUCUCACACCACCACGGCAGAGGGCUUUCAUGUGCUGGCUUGCAGGUUAUAUGAACGUUUUAGGGUAUAUCUCGAUAUACGCAUCAACAAUCUAUGCAGCGACCCUAAUCCUUGGCGCAAUCUGUAGUAUCAAUACAGAUUCUGCGUUCGUCGCUACAAAAUAUCAAAAUUACGGCAUGUUCGCAGCAACUACCUUCUUGACCUUUGCAAUGACUUGCGUGCCGUCACAGAUUCUCUCUCGCCUUAAUAUGUUCUACAUAUUCCUGCAAUUUGCUAUGCUUUUUGCUCUGAUUGUUGCUCUCGCCGCUGGAACACCCUCGGAACUCAAAAACUCCGCAAGUUUUGUCUUCACAGAUUUCGAAAAUACCGGAUUUUGGACAAAUAAUGGUUGGGCCUUCAUGCUCUCGUUUCUUACACCAGUAUGGGUUGUCUCUGGAUUUGAAAGUGCAGCAACCAUAGCGGAAGAGGCGAGCAAUGCCGCCAAAGCAGUGCCAUUCGCAAUGGUCUCUUCAUUGAUUACAGCUGCAGUGACGGGAUGGGCAGUUAUCAUAACGAUUGCAUUCUGUAUGGGAACAGAUGUGAUUGGUAUAGUGACGUCACCAUUGGGUCAGCCUCUGGCACAGAUUGCACUCAAUAGCUUGGGCAAGGAUGGAAGUGUUGCCUUGUUGGUUUUCUUGUGGAUUUCGAGUGUGGCCAAUUGUUCGAUCUUGAUGGUUGCGGCUUCGAGAGAAACUUUUGCCUUUGCUAGAGACCACGGCCUCCCAUUUUCAUCCUACCUUCGUGUCCUCUCAUCCAACAAAACUCCCAUCCGCGCCAUCUCCUUCGUCGCUCUCUGCACACUCGCUGAAGGUCUUCUCAUGCUCGUCAACACCGUCGCCAUAAACAGCAUCUUCAACCUUGCAAUUAUGGGCCUCUACUUCGCUUACUGUAUGCCUCUCGUAUCCCGUCUUCUUUUCGGCAAUUUUACACCCGGGGUUUGGUACAUGGGCGACAAGAUAAGUUUUAUCAGUGCAGUUUACUCGGUUGUGUGGAUGACUUUUAUCUUUGUGUUGCUACUUUUCCCAAAUUAUGAAGAUCCAAAUGCAGAUGAGAUGAAUUAUGCAGUUGUGGUGUUGGGAUUUGUAUUCGUUUUCUGUACGGCGUAUUAUUGGUGUCCGAAAUAUGGGGGGAGAACAUUUUUCAAGGGACCAGUUAGGACGAUUGAUGAGGUUUUGGAGGAGAGGGGGUGA